UAUGAAAAUUAUUUUUUUACAAAUCUUUUACUUUCAAGGUUAAUUUGUAUAUCAAUUACUCUUGCAAAAAACUUUAAUAUGCUCACACAUGUCCAUUCAUAAUUAAAAAACAUCCUUGCCAAAAAUAAAAUUCAUUGAUAAGAACAAAAGCCAAAUAUUUUGACGUAAAAAGAUUUAACCCAUUAAAACACACCUUAACAGUAUGCUUAGACAGUGGUUGUCUGAAUAUAAUGGAAAUAUGAAUGAAAGUUUAAAUAUAAAAUACAUUAAUUAUAACAACGAAGACCAAACAAUAAGUAAUUUGAUGCAAGAAAUUCCAAACAAUAGAUAAAUCCUUUCUUUAUCUUAUUUAUAUACAUAUGUAUUUAUAAUGGUAUAAAAAUCUAUAAAAGCUGAUAACAUGGCUAAUAUAGAGAACAGAAGUUGUUCUUAAGUGACCACAACAAGUUAGACUUGGUCAUUAUGCCUAAGACCACUUUUAUAUUGGUAACAGUUUUAUUCGGUGUUAUUUGUGGUAAUCGUUUAAUGGACAAUCGUUUAUUGAGAUCUUCGUCUACGACAUUAUACGCUCCUUCGUAUAAAUCACUCAGUGAUGAUAAUAACAUAGAUUCAUUUAAUGGCAACAUUGAGGAAGAUUUGAAAUUAAAAAGUGUAGAUGAUAAAUCAGAAAAACAAAUCGAUUUGCCGUGCGGUAACAAUUUGGAUUUUGAUCGUGAUUUAAUGUCUCGUAAAUGUAAUGAUAAUUUUGUUAAUUUAUUAAAAAAUCCAACCAACUAUUUGGCAUACGAUAAUAAUGAUGAUUUAAUGCAUAAUACGAAUGCUAUGAAAUCAUAUCAAAAUAUUCCUGAGCUUGAUGACGUUUUUGGAGUUGAACCUUUCACGCCACAAAAAAAUUCAAAAAAUGAAGAAAUUAUUCCAACAAAUUUGAAUAUAUUUCCAGAAACAAAUUACAAAGAUUUCUAUAAUGAUUUGGUUGUGGAAACCAACAAGGAAGAUAUGACAAAAAGAAAUGGUAAUUCACCAGCCAGGGGAUGUGAUUGCAAAAUAAAGAAUGAUGUAUUAGAUUUGGGACAACAUCAUUUCCCAAGAUAUUUGCUUCAUGCUAUUUGUCAUUCCGAACAUUCACGCAAUGAGUUGGGACCAAAAUGUUGGAGUGGUUCAGUAUGUCGACCUCUGGAAUACAAAGUUAAUGUAUUGACAUUUCGCACCCUAAGGGACAAUAUGCAAAGAGAUCCGAGUUUGGCCUUAUUACCAGAUAAUUUAAGGCAAAUAUGGAAAUUUAAGACAGUAACUGUAGCAGCUGGUUGUUUUUGCUCAUAAAACUCUCCCAAACCUCUAUAAAAUGGACAGACCCACAUAAAACGAAA